AUGAGCCAGGCCGAGCUGUCCACCUGCUCGGCGCCGCAGACGCAGCGCAUCUUCCAGGAGGCCGUGCGCAAGGGCAACACGCAGGAGCUACAGUCGCUGUUGCAGAACAUGACCAACUGCGAGUUCAACGUGAACUCGUUCGGGCCCGAGGGCCAGACGGCGCUGCACCAGUCGGUCAUCGACGGCAACCUGGAGCUCGUGAAGCUGCUGGUCAAGUUCGGCGCCGACAUCCGCCUGGCCAACCGCGACGGCUGGAGUGCGCUGCACAUCGCCGCGUUCGGCGGCCACCAGGACAUCGUGCUCUAUCUCAUCACCAAGGCCAAGUACGCGGCCAGCGGCCGGUGA